AACCAAUUGGCACGUGAUCGUUCUGCCCAUAUCACGAUUCAAAUAUACAUCUAACUAACUACCUACAUGUACCCCAGCUUUCCAUUCACCAAACUCCAUUCGCUACCUACAUAUAUACCUACCUACAUAGCUACCUAGGUACCUAGGCAUGUAGCUACGAAGGAGGAAAAUUGGGAGCCAGACAGAUUGAAACCCCUCUCGCAAUGCAGCAGCCACUGAGACGAACUAUCACAGCCACCCUCCUCUCAAGAGCAUGGCGGGACCUACCAGCAGAGUCUACCUCUCUACUGCCCAGACGUGGCAGCGCCUUGGUCUCCAGAGCGCCGCCGCCGUCGCUCCGGGCUGCGGCUCCACCGUCGAGCAUAUGCCGCCGUUGUCGCCAGGCAAGAGGUUACAGCACGCUUAACAGCAGCACCACCGCUACCUCUGCCGCUAAAUUGCAAGCAGCGGAGGGGGAGCAUGCAUCGGCGGGCGAAAGCCCCAGGCCAAAGAAAACGUCAGAGCCACUGCGCAUCCUCUUCUGCGGCUCCGACAGCUUCAGCUGCGCGUCCCUGGAGGCGCUGUAUAAGGAGCACGAGCAGAACCCGGAGCUCAUCGAGUCCAUCGACGUGGUGGUGCGGCCCGGCAAGCACGUUGGCAGGGGGCUGAAGAAGAUUGCUCAUCCGCCAUUAAGAGAGCUAGCCGAGAAACUCGGCCUCCCGAUCCACGAGCUGGACACCUUCACAGGAUGGAACAUGCCCCCACGCACCAACCUCAUCAUAGCCGUCUCCUUCGGGCUCUUCGUGCCCCCGCGGCUCCUCCGCCUCGCCUCCUACGGCGGCCUCAACCUUCACCCCUCGCAACUGCCCGAGCUCCGGGGUCCCGCGCCCCUACAGCACGCGCUCCUCGCCAACCACAGCUCCGCGGGCAUCAGCCUGCAGACGCUCGACCCGCAGAGCUUCGACCGCGGCCUCGUGCUCGCGCGCUCGCCGCCGCUGCCCAUCGCUGCCUCCGACACCUUCGGCGACCUGCUGGCGCGCAUCACGCCCGUGGCGGCGGAGAUGAUGGUGAGGGGCUUGCGCGAGGGGGUGCACGUGCCGCCGCUAGAAGCAGUGGGGCGUGAGGAGAUGGAUGGGAAGGGGGGGGAGGAGGAGGAGCUGAUCUACGCGCCGAAAAUCACCAAGGCCGACUGCCAGAUCCGCGCCACACACCUUCCGAACCUGUGGCACCGGUACCGCGCCCUCGGCCCCCUGUGGUUCCUCUCGCGGUCGCGGGACAAGGACGAGGUGAAGCGGAUCAUUGUUCCGCGUGUCGCUUUCCCUGCUCCGCGGGCGGAGGAGGGCGGGCCGGAGGUUGCUACUACUACUAGUCCUGCCGCUACCGCCACCGCACCACCCCCUCUCGUCUCGCUCAAGAAAGGCGAAGAAGAUCUGUUCGACAUGAGCACACUCGCCCCAGUCUCCGAUGUCAUCGGCGUUCCUUGCGUCCCGGCUCUGAUCCCGUUCGAGGAAGAAAGCGCAAGCACAGAGCCUGCCUCCACCUCAACCUCAACCUCAACUACACCCUCAACAACAUCAGCCUCAACAGUAACAACGACAGCCGACCACGAAAGGAAAAAUCACAUCGUAGUCCACUUCCCCGAGGACAGGUCGAGCACAGAGUGCUACAUCGGGGGCCACCGCAUCGACGCCUUGAAAGUCGAGGGCCAGCGGGAGAUGCCCGCCAGGAAGGCUUUGGCGGAUUUCGUUCUCCUUGCCCACACGGCUGUUGCCUGGGAGGAGUGAUGUGUAAGGUAGGUAGGUAGGUAGGUAGGUAGGUAGGUAGGUAUCCAUAUGUAUGUAGUAUUGCCGGAUACUUAGCUAGGUAUAGGUUAUCCAUCAUACCUAAGUACCAAGCAGUAAUAAUGAUGACAUGAAGACUUGUGUGUAACCUAAUUAUGUACUAGGGAGGGAUAGGAAAGGUAGGUAGGUAGGUUCUUAUACCUACACUAUGUAUGUUGCCUAUUUGUAUUGAUAUAUGCAUUUCAUUACCUAGUAAUGAACGUGUCGAGGUACCUCGUGCCCAAUGUGAAAAGCGAGUUGUGAUAAUUGCUGCCAGUUUCAUAUUGGUGGUAGGUAACAUGAGAGCCGAUAUAUCAACAUGUCAAAAUAUGAAUGCAAACGUGUACAUAGUUC